GAAAUUCCAAAACUAAACUUGCCCAUUUUUAGUCGCUUAUUUGGCAACGAAGGUUUGGACCAAACCGUACUUUGUGUAUGUUUCGACGAUCGUGUUCAGCUUUUGGCAGAACUUUAACUACUCGGCCAUUCCGUCAUGUAUGCCCGACUCCACGUCUAUUUUCACACGCAGCAGAUGGAGAAGAAGUGUGCGAUUUUGGGACAUACAGCGUCAUCCUCCCGGAGGAGCCUUUCGUAUUUGGUGUAUCACAUAUAGCACCCAGACCGGUUCCGCCUUCAAUUCGCGUUCCGCCCUACAUCGGUAGUAGUGGCCACGACGUUGCACCGACAGGCGACAGCAUCAUCGAGCUGGGCGGCGAAGAAGAGGCACGCGUUAGACGCGCCGGGGCACUAGCGAGCAGAGUUCGGGACUUUGCUGGUUCUCUCGUAAAAGUCGGAGUGACUACCAAUGCCAUUGAUGCCGCGGUUCAUGAAUAUAUCGUUGCCCGCGGGGCCUAUCCAUCUCCACUGCGCUACAAAGGAUUCCCAAAAUCUUGUUGUACCAGGUACCUGCCAUGCUCUAUUGACCACAUCGUACUGAUUUUUGACAGCAUAAACAAUGUUAUCGCGCAUGGAAUACCAGACGACCGUCCUCUUGAAGACGGAGACAUCAUCAACAUCGACAUCACAAUAUUUUUAGACGGAUAUCAUGGCGACACCUCAGAAACCUUCUUGGUCGGAGAUGUAGACCCAGAAGGCCGUGUUCUCUGUGCGGUUACAUCCAAUGCUCUGAAGGCAGGAAUCGCCGCAUGCGGACCUGGAAAGCCAUUCAAGGCCAUAGGACAAGCGAUCCACCACUAUCUAGCCGACAAUAGAUCCCAGCUUGGUAUGGAUUUCUGUGUAUCACAGCAAUUCACUGGUCAUGGGAUCGGGACCGCUUUUCAUGCCAAGCCCUGGAUAUUGCAUUCUUAUAACGAAGAACCCGGGAUUAUGAAACCAGGUCAUUGCUUUACUAUUGAGCCGUCGAUUAUCCAGGGUAAAGAUCCUAAGGGAUGGGUUUUUCCAGACGGAUGGACGACUAGUACAAAAAAUUGCGCGCGCAGUGCCCAGGCUGAACAUAUGAUUCUUGUUACAGGAUCAGGUGCAGACAUCCUCACUCUCUAAUACCACUAUCGUUCCAUCUGCCUUCAUCGUGCCCCUGCUUAUUUUCAUGCACCCUUCCUCACUGAGCACUCUCCUUGUGUCUUCUGUUCCUUUCGUCUGUGUCAUAGACCCGGCCAUAACUGUCGGCAUUGCAUCAUUCUAUAUCCUCUCGCGGCCAGCACAUCCAACGAUAGCUUUUUUCGCACUCUGCCUGCCGCACAAGUCCAGA